UGUGAUGCCUGUUUUUAGGAGUGCACACACUGGCACACACUUUUCGUUUUCCAUUUUACUGACAAAAAUAAAAAACCAUGAGCGAGGACGGCAAAAAGUCCCAACUAGACGAAGUUCAGCUUAUGCUGAUCGAACGUUUGUCCAAGAAUGACACCAACGGCUUCAAGCAGCUGCUGGGUCAGCUAAAGGGCGGCGUUAACUUUGUGGACGACAGCGGAAUGUCAAUAUUGGCACACGCCAGCUUUAAGGGCAACAAGGAAGCGGUGCAGUUGCUAUUGGACAUGGGGGCUGACAUCAAUCUUAAUCAACACGGCGCCGACUAUACACCGUUGCACUUUGCCGCCUUGUCGGGCAACACGCACGUGUGCCGGCAACUGCUGGAUGCUGGCAUCAAUCCGAAUAGUAUAAACAGCGUCUCUCGCACCGCCUCCCAAAUGGCCGCCUUUGUGGGCAAUCACGCCUGCGUGGAGACCAUCAACAAUUACGUGAUGCGUUCCAGCUUGGAGUAUUACACACAGCUGCAUGGCCAGCAGACGGAGCCGCACAUUCCGCCCGUGCUGCUCAAGGCGUUUCACACCUUUGUCACCGAAAUCAAUCUGCAUCCCGUCAGAAUAACGCUGAAUGCACAGUCGCUGGGUCUGCUGCGAAUUCUGCCCAAUCUGCGCAAGGCUUUGGUGCUGAUGUGCGAGAAGGAGAUGCAAAAGUCCCACGACGUAAACGAACUGCUCGCAUUUAAAUUCCAUUAUUUAGGCUGGAUUGUUGGCGAGCUGAUGCGUUGCGAGGAGCAGUUCAAGGCACAGCACAAGGAAAAGGCCGAGGACGGCGGGGCCAACAAAAAUGACUUUAUCGAAGUGUUUGUUAAGCGCGUGCUCAAAGAGAACAAGCUGGGGCAGUUGGACUAUGUUGAAUUUACGGUGCGCGAAUGCGCUCGCGAGUUCCCCUUCCGUGAGUGCACGAUCUUCCGCCAAAUAGCCGCCCAGCUGGGUGCCAAGGAUGCGCCGCCAGCUCUGGUCAUACUGCGCAAUGCCAUCAACGGAAUGCGCGGUUUUGUGGACGAGAGCAGCUACUGCAGUUCCUGUGGCCAGGAGAAGCCCGACAAAAAGUGCUCCAAGUGCAAGGCCGUGCAGUACUGCGAUCGCGAGUGCCAGCGUCUGCACUGGUUUAUGCAUAAGAAGAGUUGUCCACGUCUAUUGGCAGCCGUCUUGGCCGGAGCUAAGGAGCAACCGAAGGCGCCGAUUGAUACCUCCGAGCUGCACGAGGAGCUAGCCAAAUUGUCAGCAUAAUAUCGCUUGCACAAUGAUUACCUGCAUUUUAAAUAAAUUAAUUAAGGUUUGUUUAAAAGCAUUGAAAUCCCUGUA